AUGGGUUCUGCUCCAAUUCAACCUCUCUUCUGUUUAAAAUGGCCAUGGGAUAUCCGUAAUCAACCCAAAAGCCCUAACACCUGCAGUUCAGAGUCCCCAUGGCUAUUCAAUUCAUUCAAGAAUCUUGGCAUCAUAACCCUCAAUUUCAUCAACAGCAAAAUAUCCCAACAAAACCCAUUUCAAUUAAGUGGAGGAAUCAACAAUAAGAGAAAGAUUUUGAACCCUGAAGAACAGGGAGAGGCAGAGCAAAGAGCAUUGGCUUCUGCACUGGCAAGUGGGAAGGAGGCUACUGUAAUUGAAUUUUAUUCACCCAANUGA